CAAAGUCAAAAAAUAUUUUUUAAAUAAUUUGUUAUUGAAUUAUUGUAUUUUUCAAAAUUCUUGUGAUUAUUCUCUUUGAAAUAAAUUAAUUAAUUAAUUAAAAAUUUUGAUAUUAAAAUGGCCACUUCCAACAUCAACCGAAUUGCUCGUGGUAGCUUUAAUUUCAAGCCGUGGGUUGCAGCAAAAAAUACAAGCGAAAUUGUCAAUAGUUACGUUGAAAAAAUAUACAAGCAAAUUCCGAAUGAUUUCAAAAAUGAUUUGAUGAAAACUCGAGUUGGUGCUCCAAAAACUGAAAAUCGAUUUCCCUUUCGCAAGGUUGUUCUAGAAAAAUUCACCAUACCCAUUAUAAACAAUAAACCUAUUUCAAAACUUCGUUCAAAUGGAUAUCGAUCUCCAGCAAUGACAGCUAGAAACAGUUUUGUUACACCACCAAAGAAGCUUCUCAAUAAGACACCGAACUUUAAAAUCUAUGCUCGAUGCAGAUACACUUCGAGUGUUGCGAGCUCAAAAUCGAGUGUGGUUCGGAGUAAACCAAUACCAAAUAACGAUGAAGAAUACCGAAAAAAGAUUUAUACACCAGCUAAGGGAAUGCAGUUUCAGACAUUUAGAGGAAUUGAAGUCUUGCCAAGUACAAAUACAAAAUAUUAUGAUAAUUCUAUUAUCUCCAAAUACACAGCUCCAAUGAGGCUCUUCAAUGAAGUGAAUACCAAGUCGAAAACUAUCGAGGUUUCGAAUACAAUUUGCAAUGAUCUGAUGUUCAUAAAUGAUGUGUUAAAGAAAAGAAUCUGUCUUAGGAAACAAAAGCCUCCAAGUGUAGAACAACUUGAGAAAUGUAAACAAGAGCUGUCUUUCAAAGGAUGGAACCAUCCAUCCAUAGAAAGUUAUAACAAGUUGAAAACUGCACCCGUUCUGAAAAUGCCUAGAAAGUAUAACGAAAGUAAUCUUAAAUCAGAGUUUUCAUCUUUUGUAUUAAUGCCUGUGAAACGAAAGUCUCUUAACGAAAAAGUCUUCAACACAGGUACAGCUCUGAGGAAAUCAAAUAUAAAACUACAAACUUCAGGGUCUUAUCGUUAUAAAGGAUAUAAUGCAAUACCGAUUCCAGAAACAAAGAAAGAAAUCAUUCCACAUGAACCACUUAGUUCUUACCCUCGCGAAGGAAUUAAAUUCAAGGGUUCAAAGAUUGGUGAUCAACUAUCAACAAAAAGGUCGGAAAUCAAAUCUUACAAUCCACGAGAAGCACUUGAUUUCGUUUGUCUAAGUCGAGCUGAAAAGAGGGAACGAGGAAGAAAUCAGAAAAAACUUCAAGGAAAUCUCAGAUUUUGAAAACAAUUUUUUUAAAGCUAAAUAAAUGUGAAUUUGUUUAAA